GGACAGAGGUGCAGUUGAGAGGAUCAGGAUGCGAGAUUGAGUCUUGGGCUUUUUCGUACAAACAGAGUUAUGGUGGGCAUGUCACUGCGUAGCGGCAUGCGCCUACCUGUGGGAGAGACUCCCCCGCUGGGGGAGGAGAACGUGUCACCAAACGAAGGAGGCGAAGAACAGCGAGGGGAAUCGUCCGAGGAUAAGCGCGAAUCUCCGCGCGAGAAGGCUGGCGAAGGAGCGCAAGAGUGGGACGAGGAGAUUUGUGGCUCUAGCAGUUUCGCCAUGCGAGCAGAUCGCCAUCCGGGAGAAGGAAUCCCAUCGGCGGGAAGAGGAGGAAUCCCUUCGGGCAUCGCGGAGCGCAGCAGAGGGGUCUCGGACUCGAGGGCAGCCGGAUCCGCAGAGAAGUUCUGCUGGGAGCAAGAUGGAUUGGACUUAAGGCACUUCUUUCGCUCCCUGGGGAACACGCUGGCCGGAGACGUGGAGGCGUUCUUACUGGAAGUGCGCGAUCUGCUGCUGCAGGAAGAGGAGCGGGAUGCUUUGGGCCGGGUUUGCUGCGAUGAGGAGGGAUGGAUCUUGAUGCUAAGAGAUCCGACGGAGAGGUUCCUCGCCGAGCUGCAGGUCCAUUUCCCCACGCAGACGCGGCGCGGCUAAGAGAGUUUGAGCAGCUGCGGAGGGCCUCAAGAGAGUCACUGCUAGCGUAUUACCGGCGGGUGGAUCAGCUGGCUGACGUCAUCAGCUGCAACGAGCCACGGAUAGUGGUGGCGAAGUUCCUAGAUGGGCUGUCGAGAGAUCUGGUGGGGACGGUGCGAGACCACACGUACAACCUACGGCCGAACGCCACGCUUCGUCAGGCGUAUGCGAUAGCAUGGCGGAAUGAGCAGUCCCUGAGCAUGUAUGACCUCGGGAAGAGGGCAGAACGGACCAUGCCCCACGAGCGUGAUCGCAGGGGAGUAAGCUGGGGUGGAGCCAUGAUGGCAGACAGCGAAGGAGAUGAGGAAGGAGGGCUGGAAGGCAGGAAUCAGAGGGGACGGGCGAGGAGGGCAAAAAGUGCGACUCCGCCCCCGGGUGAAGAGCCUGUGUGCUAUAAGUGCAGGGAGCCCGGGCACUUCAAACGAGACUGCCCCAAGUUGCAAUCCUGUACAUAUUGCCAGCGAAAGGGGCAUGCGGCCGACGACUGCUACACGAAGCAGAGUGAGGAACGGAGCUGUGGGGGCAGACGCAGUCGCAUAGAAGCACUGGAAGAAGAGCUCAGGAAGCUCAAGGGGGAGGCGGAGGGCAGCGAGGAAGAGGAGGACUAGGGAGCACUAAUGGCUUGAACAGACCAAGAGGAUAAGGGGGAGCUGCCAGAGCCCUUCUUCAUGGCCUCGGGGAGAGAUCGAGACCGAGAAGACCUGGGGCUGCGCAUCGGGGGCAGAGAUGGACGCCGAGAUAUGCAACAGGGGCACAGAGGGCCGAGGAUGGAGCCCUCCCCAGCGGUGCAGCGUGCAGCGGAAGCUGUAGCGGAGGCAGUGGCACGUGCAGGGGGCAGCCAUGGGCCACGCAUGCAUCCCUUUGAGCGUAUGGCGGCACGUCCGUGCGUGGUGGAAGCAGUGGAAGGGUCCGUGGAGGUAGAAGGAAAUUACCUAGGUACGACGAUCAUUGACAUGGGUGCCUCCCAGGUGCUGAUCGGUAGGCGACUGGCCGAGCAUUUGGGGCUCCACCAAGAGGAAAACGUGACACCUGAAGGGGUGAGGAUACCGACAGCAGAAAGGGGGGGUAGGCAAAUGCCUGCCAAGGACCUUGCGUUUGCAGGAGGUAGUGUUGGCUCCCGGGAAAGAGAACGAAGCGAGACUCAGGGUGCACUGCCUCAUCUCGGAUUCCGAUGAUUACAAUCUAUUGCUAGGUAUGGAGCUGUUGUAAAAAAUCGGGGCAGUCGUGGACACCUGGGCAGAGAAGGUCACGUACCAGCCAUGAUACUGGGAUGCAGACUUACGGCGAGAAGAGAGUACAGCGGCUGUAUUGCCCGCUCGGUUCCUGAGAGGGAGACCCGUGUACAGGGAGCCGUCCGCAGACCGGGUGCCUGAAAACCGAUUCAAGGAUGCUGGAGUGUACCUGGAGAAGAGCAGUGAGAGGCGGAGAUGGGAGGAAGCAGCCGGCCCGAGAGUGGAAGAGUGCCGUGAAGCAAAGGGCUUGACAGAGCCCACGUACGAUUUUGAGACGGACAUCUUGGAACCAGGCAGGCGGGCUGCUCCGGUAACCAUGCCCGACGCUCGAGUGUAGUACCCAUGCAAUGAAGUGGGGGCACCACGUCAGGCCUGGCCCACGCUGGUAGCGACCCCAGGCAGCUAUGCCUUCCGGAUGCAGGAUGGACAGCCAGGGCCCGGAAUGGUGCAGGUCCUGUCCACUGGAGAAUGGGAGGAACCCUUGGCAGUGGAGCGAGAGCGGGCAAUAGGGUACUUGAGAAAUGCAACCGCAGUAGAGGGAGUGACGGAAGCAGAGAGGUGGCGAGCUCUAGGGGGAGCGAUAGAUCAGCACACACUGGUAUGGUUGAUGUACCGGGCAGAGAAGCGAUAGGAGGCAAUGCACAAGCGGCUGCUGAUGAUUUGGAGGUGGAGGGAUAUAGAAGAAAUGCUAGAGGCAGACCCAGUUCAAGCCAUGGACAUAGCGAAGGCAUGGCGAAGGAUGAAAGUGGAGGCAAGGGAGGAAGGUAGGCGGGAUGAAGAGUGCUUGAAUAGCAGAUGAAUCAGCCUCUUGGCGAGAGCAACGCAGGAGGCUGAGGAGCGGCAAGAUACGAACGAGGAGCUGGAGGCAGAGCCCCCCCCCCUUAGGGACGCUCCCCCUGAGGAGAGUCAGUGGGACAUAGGGGAGGGGCUGGAGGAGGGACAGAAGGAGGAACUAACGGGGGUACUCGAGAAGGCCAGAGACGCCUUCGCAUACUCACUGGCAGAACUGGGCAAGUGUAACCGGACAGAGAUGGAGAUUGAUUUGCAGAGCUCUGAGCCUGUGUAUCAAAGGAGACGGAGACUGAGUCCAGGGGAUCGCGACAUCAAUUGGCCAAAUGCAAAGAGGUGCUAGCAGCCAGCUUGAUUCAAGAAUCAACAUCAGAGUAUGCAGCGGCAACUGUGGUAGCGGUACACAAGUACUUGACAGGAGAAAUGCUAGCAAGACGGAUGUGGGAGGAUUAUCGAGGCCUGAACCGCAUGACGAAGAGCGAUAGGUACCCCAUGCCGAUGGCGGAGGAGAUUUUUGACAAGCUGGCGGAAGGGAGGAUUUACUCAACUUU